AUGCCAUUAAAUAUUCGAGUAGAUGAAAGAAUUUUGGAAAAAGCUCCGCAGCGGCUGCUUCUGUUAUCAGUGAUAGCCAUGAGUGAAGCAAAAUACAGAUUCAAGCUAAAUCCUGCAACUGUAAUAAUCACCAGUGGUCUCAACCCGGAUUUGAAUCUGAAUCUUCACUGCAAGUCCAAAGACGAUGACUUAGGUAGCCAUGUUAUCCCGCAUGGAACCGAGUAUAAGUUCGGAUUUCAACCCCAUUUUUUCGGUGUAACUCAAUUUUGGUGCGGUUUUAGCUGGAAGAAUUCAGGCCAGGAACGAAUGUUUGAUAUUUAUAUUCAGAAUAGAGAUUACCCUCUGUGUGAUGUUUGUAAGUGGGUUAUUCAGGAUAAAGGUCCAUGCAUGUUUCUCCCGAAAACUCCGAAACCUUAUAAUUGUACCGUUUGUUAUCCCUGGAAUCCCUAG